AGCUGAAUCAGGAAUAAUAAAAGUGAAAACUAUAGCUGCACGGAACACUGAUAUUUUGGCAGCAUUGAAAGAGAACAGCUCAGAGGUAGUUCAGCCUUUUCUAAUGGGUUGUGGAACAAAGGAACCAAAGAUCACUCAGCUGUGUCUAGCAGCCAUACAGAGGCUUAUGUCCCAUGAAGUUGUUUCAGAGGCUGCAGCAGGAAACAUUAUUAAUAUGCUUUGGCAACUGAUGGAAAAUAGUCUUGAAGAACUUAAAUUGCUCCAGACAGUUCUUGUACUUUUAACAACCAAUACAGUUGUGCAUGAUGAAGCACUGUCCAAGGCAAUUGUACUUUGUUUUCGAUUGCACUUCACAAAAGAUAAUAUAACAAAUAAUACUGCAGCAGCUACAGUGCGGCAGGUAGUUACUGUUGUAUUUGAGAGAGUGGUUGCUGAAGAUGAACGAUACAAAGACACUGUUGACCAGCCAGUUGCAGUUCAAGGAAAUAGUAACAGAAGAUCUGUCAGUACACUGAAGCCAUGUGCUAAAGAUGCUUAUAUGCUUUUUCAGGAUCUUUGUCAGUUAGUUAAUGCUGAUGCUCCCUACUGGCUUGUGGGUAUGACAGAAAUGACCCGGACAUUUGGCCUCGAACUUCUUGAGUCAGUCCUCAAUGACUUUCCACAAGUGUUUUUACAACAUCAGGAAUUCAGUUUUCUUCUUAAAGAAAGGGUAUGCCCUCUUGUUAUAAAGCUCUUCUCCCCAAAUAUCAAAUUCAGGCAAGGUUCCAGCACAUCAUCUUCCCCAGCACCAGUGGAAAAACCAUACUUCCCCAUCUGCAUGCGUUUGCUGAGAGUAGUUUCUGUUUUGAUUAAGCAGUUUUACAGUUUGCUGGUAACAGAAUGUGAAAUCUUCCUGUCAUUGCUCGUUAAGUUUCUGGAUGCAGACAAACCACAGUGGCUAAGAGCUGUUGCGGUAGAAUCUAUUCACAGGCUUUGUGUGCAGCCUCAGCUAUUAAGGUCCUUUUGUCAAUCGUAUGAUAUGAAGCAACAUUCCACAAAAGUUUUCCGUGAUAUUGUGAAUGCACUGGGGUCCUUCAUCCAGUCACUAUUUCUUGUGCCAAGCACAGGGAACACAUCAGUGAUGCCAAACCAAACUGGAAGCAAUGCAUCGGGGAAUACUGGCUCAGCACAGACUAACCCGGGAGUGCUUGGAGUGGGAGGAGGUGCAACUGUAUUACCUGCUUUUGAGUACAGAGGCACUUGGAUACCUAUCCUGAAUGUAACAGUACAAGGCAGUGCUAAAGCUACCUAUUUGGAAAUGCUGGACAAAGUAGAGCCACCUACGAUUCCUGAAGGCUAUGCCAUGUCAGUGGCAUUUCACUGUUUACUGGAUCUUGUCCGUGGUAUCACUGCCAUGAUUGAAGGAGAGUUGGGAGAAGCAGAAACAGUCAGUCAAAGCACAACAGAGACAACUUCAUUACCAGCACAGUCUUCAGAGCAGCAAGACUUGCAGUCUGUAUCUGACCAAACAGAGAAAGAACUAGUUAGCAGAGCUGUAUGGGAAGAAAUGGUGAAUGCUUGUUGGUGCGGUCUUCUGGCUGCUUUAUCCCUCCUACUUGAUGCAAGUACUGAUGAAGCUGCCACUGAAAAUAUUCUAAAAGCAGAAUUGAACAUGGCUGCACUUUGUGGAAGACUGGGUCUUGUAACAUCAAGAGAUGCGUUUAUCACUGCCAUUUGCAAAGGAUCCUUGCCUCCUCACUAUGCCCUUACUGUACUAAAUAACACAACUGCAGCUCUGUCCAGCAAAUCAUAUUCCAUUCAGGGACAGAAUGUUCAAAUGAUCAGUCCCUCAAGUGAAUCUCAUCAGCAAGUUGUAGCAGUAGGGCAACCCUUAGCUCUUCAGCCACAGGGAACAGUAAUGUUGACUUCAAAAAAUAUCCAGUGUAUGAGGACAUUACUCAACUUAGCUCACUGCCACGGAGCCGUUCUUGGUACAUCAUGGCAACUUGUCCUGGCUACUCUUCAGCAUCUUGUGUGGAUUCUGGGACUGAAGCCUGGUGUUGGGGGUGCAUUAAAACCUGGGAGAGCUGUAGAAGGGCCCAGCACAGUUCUGACUACAGCAGUUAUGACUGAUCUGCCAGUUAUAUCCAACAUACUUUCAAGGCUUUUUGAAAGCUCACAGUACCUUGACGACGUGUCUUUACAUCACUUAAUAAAUGCCCUUUGCUCCUUGUCUCUGGAAGCCAUGGAUAUGGCCUAUGGAAACAAUAAGGAACCAUCGCUUUUUGCUGUUGCGAAAUUACUGGAAACAGGACUAGUUAACAUGCACAGGAUUGAGAUUCUUUGGAGACCUCUGACGGGUCAUCUUCUGGAGGUCUGUCAGCAUCCAAACUCCAGAAUGAGAGAAUGGGGAGCAGAAGCUUUAACUUCUCUCAUUAAAGCAGGACUGACAUUCAGCCAUGAUCCUCCAUUAUCUCAAAAUCAGAGACUGCAGUUGCUUUUAUUGAAUCCACUAAAAGAACUGUCAAACAUUAGUCAUCCUGAUAUCAGGAUCAAGCAGUUGGAGUGUGUACUCCAGAUUUUGCAAAGUCAGGGUGACAGCUUAGGACCUGGUUGGCCGUUGGUGCUUGGAGUCAUGGGUGCAAUCCGAAGUGAUCAGGGAGAGUCCUUAAUACGGACUGCAUUCCAGUGUCUUCAGUUGGUUGUGACAGACUUUCUUCCAACAAUGCCAUGUACUUGUCUACAGAUAGUUGUUGAAGUUGCAGGAAGCUUUGGACUUCACAAUCAAGAGCUAAAUAUUAGCUUAACUUCAAUUGGUUUGUUGUGGAAUAUUUCGGAUUAUUUUUUCCAAAGAGGUGAAAUAAUUGAAAAGGAGCUAAACAAAGAAGAAGCUGUGUUGCAGAAACAGGCAGAAGAAAAGGGGGUGAUGCUGAAUAGACCUUUUCACCCUGCACCACCAUUUGACUGUCUUUGGUUAUGCCUAUAUGCCAAACUUGGAGAACUGUGUGUAGAUCCCCGACCUGCAGUUAGAAAGAGUGCUGGGCAGACAUUGUUUUCUACUAUUGGUGCUCAUGGAACUUUAUUGCAACAUUCAACAUGGCACACAGUAAUAUGGAAGGUUUUAUUUCACCUGUUGGAUAGGGUUCGAGAAUCUUCUACCACAGCUGACAAAGAGAAGAUUGAAUCAGGAGGAGGCAACAUUCUCAUCCAUCAUUCAAGGGAUACAGCUGAGAAACAGUGGGCUGAGACAUGGGUAUUAACACUGGCUGGAGUUGCAAGAAUAUUUAACACCAGGAGAUACUUACUGCAGCCUUUAGGAGACUUUUCCCAAGCCUGGGAUGUUCUUCUUGAUCACAUCCAAUCAGCAGCACUCAGCAAAAAUAAUGAAGUUUCCUUGGCUGCUCUGAAAAGCUUCCAGGAGAUCUUACAAAUUGUUUCUCCUGUCCGAGACUCAGAGAAACCUGACACACCACCUGCUAUCAAUGUUUCUGUACCUGUGGUGGUAGGGACAACAACUGCCACUAGUCUUGGGAGAUCAUUCAUGAGAACUGACUCCAUAGGAGAAAGAAUAGGAAGAUACAAUGGAUCUGAACCACCUGUAAUAACAGAUGAGAUUGAAGAUUUGAAUCUUUGGUGGGCAGCCUGGAACAGCUGGUAUAGGAUUGGUUCAGAAAGUACAAGGCCUCCAAUUACUUGUGAUAAAUUGACUUUCAUUCCCAGCCAGCCUUUUCUUACAGCUUUAAUUCAAAUAUUCCCGGCUCUUUACCAACACAUCAAAACUGGUUUCAGCAUGGAUGAUCUCCAGAAGCUGGGUGUCAUUUUGCACGGUGCUGUUUCAGUUCCAAUCAGUUCUGAUGCUUCUCCUUUCAUCCUUCCAUCUUACACUGAAGCAGUUUUGACAAGUUUACAGGAAGCGGUGCUUACAGCUUUAGAUGUUUUACAAAAGGCUAUAUGUGUGGGCUCAGAAAGUAUGCAGAUAAUGUAUCCUGCAAUCUUCGACCAGCUGUUGGCCUUUGUAGAGUUCUCCUGCAAGCCUCCGCAGUAUGGACAGCUAGAAACAAAGCAUAUUGCAAAUGCAAAGUAUAAUCAGAUACAACUAUUUGCACCGGCGGAAUGGGUAGCACUGAAUUACGUACCAUUUGCUGAGAGAUCAUUGGAAGUCGUUGUGGACUUAUACCAAAAAACAGCUUGCCAUAAAGCUGUGGUAACGGAGAAAGUUCUUCAGAACAUUAUUAAGACACUAAGAAUACCUCUUAGUCUGAAAUAUUCUUGUCCUUCUGAAAGCACAUGGAAGCUAGCUGUUUCCUCUCUUCUCAAAGUUCUUUCUAUUGGACUACCUGUUGCAAGGCAGCAUGCAUCUUCUGGAAAAUUUGACAGUAUGUGGCCAGAGCUAGCGAAUACUUUUGAAGACUUUUUAUUCACCAAAAGUACACCUCCUGAUAAUCUCUCAAUUCAAGAAUUUCAGAAGAAUGAGAGUAUUGAUGUUGAGGUGGUGCAGCUUAUCAGUACAGAGAUACUGCCAUAUGCUAAUUUUAUUCCUAAGGAAUUUGUUGGUCAAAUAAUGACUAUGCUCAAUAAAGGCUCAAUACAUUCUCAGUCAUCCUCCUUUACAGAAGCCGAAAUAGAUAUUCGAAUGAGAGAGGAGUUUUCUAAGGUGUGUUUUGAAACAUUGCUCCAGUUUUCAUUCAGUAAUAAAGUCACAACUCCUCAGGAAGGCUACAUCUCUAGAAUGGCACUUUCUGUGCUCUUGAAAAGGUCACAGGAUGUAUUGCAUCGCUACAUAGAAGAUGAGAGAUUGAGUGGCAAAUGUCCUCUUCCACGGCAACAAGUAACAGAAAUCAUCUUUGUUUUAAAAGCUGUCAGUACUCUCAUAGAUUCACUUAAAAAAACUCAACCUGAAAAUGUUGAUGCUAACACAUGGGCACAAGUUAUUGCCCUGUACCCGACUUUAGUAGAAUGUAUCACCUGCUCAUCCUCGGAAGUGUGCUCUGCUUUGAAAGAGGCACUGGUUCCCUUUAAGGACUUCAUGCACCCACCAGCAUCCAAGUUUUGUUAUUGAAGACCCUGAUCUUCAGGCUGGAAUCAUAACUGCUGCUCUCUGUGUACAGAAUAUCUGCCUUAGACUUGGCAUGAGUCUCCAUGACCAGUGAUAUUUCCGAAGUUGACAGCUUCAAGACUGCAGAGGCUGGUGAGGAUGAGAGACUGUUGGAAACUUGAAACUUGACAUCACCGGGUCUGUUGUUUUUAAUGUUAACUGUUUCUUUCUUGGAAGUAUUGCAGUUGCCAAGGAAUUGCUUAUGUUUCUGGCUUCCUUGCCAGAAGACACGCACUUCUUUCCCCUGUCACAUCAGAGACUAAUAAUGCCAGGUCAUGAGGGGAGGGACUGAGAGGCUCCAUAGAAAAAUGGCAGCCAAAACUGGAUUGCCACCAACAGAGGACCUUUAAAAAGGACGGAGAGCAGUCUGGUUUUGAUCAGCCUCUCAUGAGAAAACGUGGAAGGGGACAGGAAUAUUAUUUGCAUAGUACUGCUGGCAUGUACAUGUACAAAGAACUGGUUUCUGGAGUACAUCACAACUAUUACUUGCAGAUCUGCUUACUGAACAUCUGUUCAUGCCUCAGGGCUUGGUGCUGUAGCAUAAUAUGGUACUACCUUACCACGAAAAUGAGCCCCAGAGUCUGCAUAUAGUACUGCCCUAGAACGAAUGAGGAAAGAUAAACAUUUAUUUUAGAAAAGACUGAUUUAAAUUAAAUAUUUUCUCUAAAAAUAUGAGAUCAAUAACCUCUGUUAUAGCUGUAUGCACUAUAAUCUCUUAAAAUUUUAAGCAGUUAUGUGUUGCCAAAGUCUUAAAGAGAAUGCACUGAACUGAUGAAUGGAGUAGCACAAACCCCUUCCUCUUUGCAGAGUAAGAAUCAGGAAGCAAGUUUCUGAAGUGCUAAACCACAGCCUGAUAGCAGUAGCUGCUUCUUGCAGUUCAAUUUCACUUUAACCAGCUCAAUUCAAACAACUAGUUCAAACUUGGAAACAGAAUAGGAAUUGAAAAAGCUUGGCCUUUUUUUACCUUACGUACAUAGGAUAGAUCUGUGAAGGUAAAAUCUAUCUAAAAGCUGAAGGCAGUGCCAGCCAGAAACAAUCAGUUCUAUCCUCUUUGUUAACAAGAUGUAUUUCAUGAAUGUAUCCAAUAUAUUUAAAGCAGAUCAAUCUAAGAAGCAAUUAUUUUGAAUGCUGUUUUUUGUGCUGUUCUACUUUGCAUCCAAAUAGAGCUCUAUGCAAAUUAAUGAAGUGUUAAAUAAUCAAGAAAAAAAAUACUCAACCAUUUUCUGAUAAUAGAUGCUAAAUGGUUACCUUUUAAACUAUAGAAUUAACUACGUAAAAUGUAUUUUCUAGUUAUAAAAGGUUGCCAAUCUUAGUGCAAUGACUAUAUUUAAUUGCAAACAAACAUGUAAAUAAUUGCUAAUGAAGUAAUAAAAAUAAUAUUUUAGGAGAGAUAAAUACAGAUGCAAAAUAAGGUUUAAAACAUAGUUCCCUGCUUAUUUAAAUCAUUAUUAAAAACAAGUCACUUUUGACAGAAAUCAUUCCUCCUGUAAUCAGACUCCUUAAAGGCAGUACGGAGUAUUUGCUUUGAGAGGCACAAGUUGGAUUCCUCUUCUGAGAUUUAGGUAACUAAAAUUUUGACUUCUACCCCAAGACUAACGAGCCUGGCUUCCAUUUGCAGUCAGGGAAGACAAAUAGGCAGGCCUAGCAAGAGAUCCAUUCCAUCCUAAAAGAGGUCAUGUAAGUUGCUAUGUGGAAGUGCUGGCUCUUGCUACGUGUGCAUAGGACAACUACUUUAGGCUUAGGCAUCUGGUGUUUUGUGCAGUUUUUUUCAGUUUACUUUAGAUGUCUCAAACUGGGGAAGAUGAAUCUCUGUCAGUGGCUCACACAGCCAUAGUGAAUGCAGCUGACUUUGCUACUGCAGUGUGUUGAUGGUGCUGUAGUUCUUUUGAGCUCCCCUAGGAGCAUUUUCUUUGUGGGUUUUUUGUUUGCUUUUUAGUUUUUUACGUGUCCUUUGCAGGAGCCUACUCUGAGGCUUGGCUGUUUUUUUCUCCCCGUCGAGGUCAUAUUCAAGUAUUUAUUUGUUGUAUCCUGUCUCUGCAAGGGACAUGCUAUGACUUCCUUGUAGUCAUAGCAUUAGUCUGAAUACCUAGAUGGAGACAAGAGCUCAACAGUUACUGUUGGUGUAGAAAAUAGAUCUUUUUGAACCUUAAAUUCUCCUUGCUACUGAUCUGUCUUGGUUUUCCAUAGGUUCCCCAAUUUGGAUGAGUACGUGACAUAAUUGUCUUCAUGAACUCAGCAAACUGAACUAAACAUUUCCAGUCCUACUACACUUUCGUACACUCCUUUCAGACAAUUUUUCUGUUUGUUUUUUAUGUAACAUUUAACUACUGCUUUCUACCCAAUUGUUUCAGGUCAGCAAGGUUACAGUUGCUUUUGAUACCUAUAACUUGGUGCCUGAAUGCUUAUUUUUGGCAUUUGAAUUUCUCAUAUCUGAGGAAAAAAAAAAGAAAGUAUUUGCUAGUAAGCAUGACUUCUUUGAGAGUCGCUGCACAUUCACGUUCUCAGUAAAGAAGACUUGAAUUACUGAAGGUAGCUAAGGGCGGGCACCAAUCCUCAAAAUCUUUCAGAGCUUUGCAUUACAGGGUAUGGGAGAGCAUGAGGGUAUCAGCAAAGUGGGUGGCUCCAACAAACAUUAGGGUCUGGAAGCUUGCAGACUGGUACCUGCAUCCAUCUGCAGCCUUGCACGCUUCCUGACCUUUUAGUUCCUUUUCCACUGCUUUCCAGGAUCUAUUUCAAUAACUUCUUGGACUUCUAGUUUGUAGAUAAAUGCAAAUCCGAAAAGAAAAUGUCAGUGUAGAUGUUCUGAUUUGCCAUAUAAUAAAUUGUGAUGUAUGCUGAAUAUCUGCUUAGUUUUUAGUGAUAUCUGAUAUCAAUUUAAAAAUAACAAUUUCUGCCUAUACACAAUCGACUACAAAUAUUUCAAUUAAUAAACUUACCAAACUUCCAAGAGGAAGCAUUAUUCUACUGUUGUUAUCUGCCCCUUCUUAUAAAUAAUUAAAUUCAUCCCAAUGACAUGGUUUAAAUUUACCUUUUACUUUCACCCAGAAGUGCUGAUUUUUCUCAUACAGAAAUUGUGAACUCCUUGUCCAAGAAACUUUCUAAAUGUACUCAUGAUGUUAAGAUGGAUUUCAGUGUGUUAAUGAAUAUAAGAGACCUUAAUUCAGGAAAACAAGUCAUUGAGACAUGAAAUAGUGGUGGUCUUGUGUGAAAGUUGCUUUAUAUAGUUGAAGUGGCCACAGAACAGAAGGGAGCACAGUUAAAAAAAAAAAAGGUAACAACCCAGUAUUAGCUAAAAACUUCAAUAUUCUGACUAAGUAUGGAGGAUUUUUUUCCACUAUUAGUACCUUUUGUAAUAUAAUCUUAGUUUAAAUAAAUCUGUCUGAAAUUUUUGAUAGGAAAAACGUGAUAAUAUCUAGCUUUUGCCACCUUUU